AUGCCUAUUGGAACCGACGCCCCGAUCCAGCCAGUUUGUCUUCACCUCCGUCAAUCGGUCGACGUUACACCUUCAAGAAAGGAUCCCGGCUUUCCGUUCUCGCCUUCCGACGGAUUCCUACACGGCCAUGCCCUGGCGCAGUCCAUCUACAGCGAUCGGCUGUGUCCAGCGCGUUGUACUACAACGCCUGUGGACCAUGUACUGGUAUUCAUACAGACCCUACUUCCUGAAACCAUCUUCGUCACCUCUCUCUCUGCAUCCGCAUCGAGGACCCCGGCCUCUCUCAUCCUCGUCCUCGUCCUCGUCAUCGCCCUCGUCGACCCCACCUUCUGCGCGUUUGCCUCCACCCCUUCCGCCCCUGCCGUUUUGGUCCGCGACGGUAUUUAUAUUACGACGCCUCCAUCUGUGAUGCUCGCGUGGUGCUUCCGGCCUCACUAUCGUGCUCGGUGCGGGACAUCGCCUCCCAGUGGCAUCGUCCUCGCGUGGUUAUCGGGCUCCCUGGUGGAUGUGUGUAGUGUGAGGUGGAUAGAUGUGCGGGUACGGUGGUUUAUCUUUAUCUCUAUCAUUUCUUAAUUACGGUCUCGGUCUCUUUUUCUUCGUACUGAUACUAGCUACGUGGCCGUGUCCUGGCGCAGUCCAUCUACAUCAAUCGGCUCGUGUCCAACAUGCCCGUGGCUACCGGUACUUCUAUCUCUUCACUCUUCAUCAUUUCUCGACCGUUUAAUCUUCUUUCUCCUUUUCUUUUCGCUUUCGUCUAUGUCUCGCGGGUUGUGCCUGUAAUUUCUUUUCUGUUCAUGUAAUUUGUCCCCGCAAUCCUGCUUCCUGGUGUCCUUGAUCUUUUGUUUAUGUCUCGCGGAUUGUGUCUGUAAUUUGUUUUCUGUUCAUGUAUCUUGUCCCCGCAAUCCUGCUUGUUGUGGUUGGUUUUUCGCUUACGUCUCGCGGAUUGUGUCUGUAGCU